AUGGGGUUUGAAAUAUUACCUUUUGAAGUUCAGGCCUCUAUAUUCAAAGAACUUCUUCCAUCAGACCUGGUGAAGAUCUGGCAUGAUGUACCAGAAAUGAAGCAAUUCAUUACCUCUGGGAUGCUUAAAAUUGUUACGACUUCUGUCAAUGAAAUGAAGCUGAAAUAUGAUUUCCCAGAUGAGUUUUAUUUUCAAUAUGAAUGUGAAUCUGAUUCCGAUGAACAAAGAAAUCAGGCUGAUCUAGAAUUCCAACAAACCUUUAAAGGUUUCAAUGGUUCCAUUUUAGUUGAGAAUCUUAAUAAAAGAAAUUACAGGGCUCAUGGACUCAAUGUGGAACUAUUUAAACCAUAUAUUCAUGAAAUAACCUGGUACUGUGAAGAUAAAUAUCAUGGUAAAGUCGCCACAUUCGAAGAUAUAAUUGAAAACUCUGGAGGUAAUCUCAAGCAGUUAACAGUCGAAAAUACAGGAGGUGAUAAUUUCGUGCUUGAUGUGCUCCCUAGUUCUACUUCAUCACGGAAGGUUCUCCAAUAUAGUGGAGUUAAAAGGGCAGAGAUUAAUGAUUUCAAGGGACAUACACUUUCAGAAAUAUCCACACUUAUUCCAGAUUUAGAGAAAUUAAGCAUAGAAUCCAAAUAUUGGUACACAGACACCAUUUCAAAUUAUAAAAUAAAACAAGGUCAUUCUCCUUUCCCAGAAAUAGAUGAACAUUCAGUGACCUCAUUUAAUCGUUUAAAAGAACUUAAAAUCGAUGGUUACCAUAAUGAUAGUUAUAAAAUUUCAAACCUAUAUUUACCAAACCUACAACAAUUUACACUCAGAGAUUGCUUCAUUCAUUCUAUCAAAAAUUUAAAAGCUCCAAACUUGAAACGUUUUGGUAUUCAUCGAUCGGCAUUAUUUGAGAUUUCAGAUCUUGAGCUACAUUCAUUAAAUGCACUCUCUAUUAAUUUAAGAUCCAAACAAGAGCCUACUACGGGGAACCCUUAUGCGUACCAGUUUAUUUUACAAGAUAUAAAGUCAAAUAGCUUAAAAGAAUUUUCCUUAAACAGUUCAACUACUAUUUCAAAGAUAUCAGGUUUAUAUACCCCGGCCUUAAAGAGUGCAACUAUUGUUUGUUUCACAGGACUUUCUUCUUCCCCAGGUGCGUAUUUAGAUUGUGAAGAAAAUUCUGGACUAUUCAAUGACUGUGAUAAUAUUGAAUAUUUACGUCUUUCAGGCUGUACAGGUAUAUUGAAACAUCAUAAAGAGUAUCAAAGUGUUAAAACAUUAUACAUUUCUGGUGCAGGUUACUAUGAAAAUGAUGAACGCAUACGCUUUGAUGAUUUCAUAGUGAGGUCAACGUUCCCAAAUUUGGAAAAUUUAGAAAUGUAUAAUUUGGUGCUAGAUGAGCAUGAAAUAACAAAGCAGAUUCUCACACAACCAUCCCAAUUGAAUAAAUUGGAACUUAUGAAUUGUACCGGGUUCAAAAUUGAUCAACUUUCACAUCAUGAAAACUUGAAGUCAUUAUUGAUUGAAAACCGUUCAUUUGAGCCUUUCCAGAAUAUCAAUAUGCCGAGUUUGACAGAAUUAGAGAUUGGUUUUACUGAAAGUGACUUUGUAAUGGAGGAUUGCACUUUUAAAAAUAUCCAAAGUUUGUCUAUCAGUUUAGGUUACAACUAUUCAGAGCCUGGGACAACAACAUUUAUGAACAAUAUUUUACCAAAACUUGAAACCCUAACAUUAGGGGAUCAUAAAGUUAUGAAUCACAUAACCACUAAACCAUAUCCUGCUCUUAGAAAUCUUACUAUUGAUCAUGCUUACUCAUUAGAAAUUACGCCAAGUGAAACGUUGACUAACUUGAAUCUCUCAAGGAAUUCUAUGGUAAUGGAUCUGGAUAUUGGUGAGUAUGAAGAUUUGCCAAAUCUGGACUACUAUGUGGAGCCACGAGGAUAUUCAUUCUUUAGAUAA